GGAGCUUUUGUGUGAGACUCAGGAGGGGCAACAAUAGCUGCCGGGAGCACUAGGAGCAGGAGCGUGUUGGGGCACUGACGUCAUACCAUAGACACCCGUACAAGCGUGACGCCAUACCCGUGUAGGAGUGACGUCAGACCGUCUCCAAGCGGGUUUCUUGGGCAAAUGGGACCAAUGGACCGGGAAUCGGUUUCAAAAUAUAAGUGGAGAAAUAACUGAAAAAAAGGAUUUCCAGAGUGUGACAUAAAAGUGAAGCUACCCUGUGACGUCACAGGAGCGUUCCGGUGGGAGGCGGACACGUGGCAGCUGCACUCGGGGCUCUCCGCCGGUCAGGAUGGGGAGGCUGGUCCGGGCGGCGCUUUACAUCCUGUGUCUGAUAUCAGAGGCUCUGAUCCCAGGUGAGGCUCUGGAACAAUCCAACACCCCGGAUCCCCAAUUUCUAUCUGAGAGCUCAUUGGUUCCCCUUUUGGUGUCUCUUCCCGCGGAGGAACCAACCUGGAGUCCCAGGCUGUCCGAGCAUCUGACGGCCACGCAGGGACCUCGCGGUGCGGAGACCUCAGCAUUGACGGAAGCUCCUGAAUCUGCUGCCGAUGUCUCAACCCCAAGCAGCGUGUCGGAGGAAUCUGACAGUAGAGCAGCUGUUGGUAGUAGAUCCCCGGAGGUGAUCACUGGCAGUGUUGAGACUGUGUCUGAUUCCAACUGGAAAUCUACUGUUCAGAACAACAUGGAAGAAGAGGUGACGAGUGCAGUCCACACCCGGCCAACACCUUCUGCAACCCCAACUCCAAAGGCCACGGAUGAUGAGACUCUAGGUCCCGUGGAAAGCAGCACGGAAAUACUUCCGCUUCAUACUCAGAAGACUCCAGAAGUACCCCCGUCCCCGUCCACCCCCGGCACCCCGCCAAUAGUCACCACACAAGCCAUUGUGACAACAGCCAGCUUCUAUAGUACGUGGAUGGCAGCAAUCACAACCAGCAUGUCCGUAACCACCAGACCGACCACAGCGAGCCCCACCAGCCCACCCACCCGCGGCUCCACACUCUCUCCCACCACGAGAGCGCAGGUGCAGAGAAGGCCGUCUGUGCUGGACGUGGGGGAAGACGAAAAAGAUCUCCCGACUUAUUACCCCAAGAACAACUCCAACCCACUCUUUGUGAUGAUUGUGGCGAUAUUUACCAUAAUGGUUGUCAUGAUCGUUGUCGUCGUUGGAUUUCACCGCUACCGGCGAAGAAACAACAGGACGGAAUUCAGACGGCUGCAGGAUCUGCCGAUGGACGAUAUGAUGGAAGACACGCCAUUGUCGCUGUACAGCUAUUAGGAACGAGACGGUGGCCGAGAGCAGUCAGCUUUAUUUUGCACAGAAA